AUGCAUUUCUUUUUUUGUGAUUUGGUCGAAAGUCCAAGUGCAAGUCCACAACUACUAAAAUCGCAGAAAUGUGUGGCUGCAAUGGGAGAUAUCAAGCGAAUUCACAUGAUCGGUAUCGGAGGUAGAGGUAUGAGUGGGAUUGCCGAGGUUUUAGUGAGUGAAGGCUAUCAAAUAAGCGGUUCAGAUUGGGAGUCAAACGCGCUUACACAACAUCUGUCCAAUAUGGGCGUUCAAAUUUUCUCUACCUAUGAACCAGAAAACAUUAAGGGUGCUGAUGUAGUGGUUAAAUCAAACGCAAUCGCUCCGAAUAAUGCAGAGAUCGUAGCCGCAGAAAAAUCCAACAUUCCAAUUAUUCAUCGCGCUGAAAUGUUGGCAGAAAUAAUGCGCUUCCGUCAUGGCAUUGCAAUUGUAGGAACACAUGGGAAAACUACAACAACUGCAAUGGUUGCCAAUAUCUUUGUAGAAGCCGCUCUCGAUUCGACUUUCAUAGAUGGUGGUUUAGUGAAGAAUUUCGGAGGAAAUUUCGAGAAUGUAACAGAUGCUUCCAUUAAAUUCGUGCAUAAUCUGCCAUUUUGUGGACACGUUGUGAUGUGCAUUGAUGACCCAGUAAUCCGUGAACUAUUAUCACGUAUCGAUCGACGUACAAUAACUUAUGGGUUCAGUGGUGAUCACCACAUCGAUGCAGAUUUUCAUAUUGCCAUGUACAAUCAGCAAUUGAAUGUACCAGGCCGUCACAAUGCAUUGAACGCGGAUGCAGCCAUCGCUAUCGCCAUGCAAGGGGAUAUUGACGAUGGAAGUAUUUUGCGUGCGAUGAAACAAUUCCAAGGGACUGGACGUCGUUUUGAGAAUUUGAGCACUUAUUCCUUAGAAGCUAUAAACGGAAAAUCGGGCGAAGUGUUAUCGAUUGAUGAUUAUGGCCAUCAUCCGACUGAAUUAAAUGCUACCAUCCCAGCUGCCCGUGAUAGUUGGCCAAACAAACGUUUGAGUAAAAUAAAUCCAAUUUUAGUGACAGACACGAAUGAAUUACCGACAAAAUUAGCAAUAGCGUUGCAAGAUAACGAUUUAGUGUUGAUGCUAGGCAGUGGUAUUGGAAAUAUAUCUCGCAAGUUAGCUGAUAAUAAAUUGAAAACAUUAUGA